AUGUCGGCAUCGACUCAUCAGUCCGGGUUUCAAACCACCAUCGACAUCGCUCGGAGACAAACUCAUAAUGUAGCACCUGUCGCCGGACAAAAGCGAUCUUCAGAAGAAAUGUCUGGUCCAGUCGCCAAGCAGAUGGUGGCCGGGCGAAACAACAACCCAGACCCCCUGCUGGAAUCCACCCCGUUUGAGUCUGCCCGGAAUCUGCCGGUCAAUCGAUUCACAGCGAGUAGGAUCCACCUCGGUGCUGGCGCCAGAGAGGCCCAGAAUAAGGAUCGUCAAAGGGCAUUAGCCCCGCCUUCCAGUCAAAAUCCGUUGCUAUUUCUGGCCAAUCCAAAGUAUGGCUUGCCGCCGCCUCUGACGGCCAAUUUUGCCGCUCUGGGUGUCACCAGCAUUUACCCCUGGCAGGCUUCGUGUUUGUUGGCAAAGGGUUUGCUUUCAGGUGAACGCCAUUUGGUAUACACGGCCCCUACUGGGGGUGGCAAAUCGCUUGUUGCGGAUGUGUUGCUUUUGAAGCGGAUUAUUGAGAAUCCAGGCCGCAAGGCCCUGUUGGUCCUCCCGUAUGUGGCUUUGGUACAGGAGAAGCUUAAAUGGAUGCGGCGCAUUGUUCAGGAUGUUGAGAAACAUGUCCACGAUGAGGAUGAGUUGGAAUUACCUCGUUGGCGACGGAAGCGACAGCAGAAAAACAUCCGUGUGACGGGGUUCUUCGGGGGCAGUCGAACCACGGCCACCUGGGCCGAUACUGACAUUGCUGUUUGUACAAUAGAGAAGGCCAACUCGUUAAUUAACACCGCGAUCGAGGAGUGCAGCAUUGGAGACCUGGGAGUCGUGGUCCUCGACGAGCUGCAUAUGCUUGACGAUGAGAAUCGGGGUUAUCUCCUGGAACUCAUGGUGACGAAGCUGCUGUUAUUACAGCAAGAUAUCCAAAUAAUUGGCAUGAGUGCCACGCUUUCUAAUACCGAAAUGUUGGCGGAAUGGAUGAAAGCCAAAUUCUUUAUCUCAACAUACAGGCCUAUUCCCAUUGACGAAUAUAUGGUGUAUGAGAAUGGCAUAUACCCGGCCGCAACGUCCAGGCAGCUUUUUCAAACUGCAUCUAAAUUGACCGCUGCCGCUUCAUUACAUGACACCAUUCCACCACACCGAAUUGUUGAGCCAUCUUCAUUCAAGCAGCUUGGAAACUCUGCUACAAAUGCCAUGGUCGCACUAGCAGUAGAGACUGCAAGUGCUGGGUUUGGCUCACUAGUGUUCUGUGGCAGUCGCCAAGCAUGUCAAAUCCACGCAGCGACAAUCGGUGAGGCCAUGCCACCGCCAGGACAGGAAGAGCUCAACAAGCGACUCGAUCUUCUAGCAGAGUUGCGCAGCCUCUCAUGUGGACUAGAUCCUGCUCUGGAAGUUACUAUCGCGAAGGGAACUGGAUUCCACAGUAAGUAUCUGGUCUUUAAGUUGGUUAUGUUCACAUCUCUAACAAUUGUCCCAGACGCCGGAAUGACAACGGAAGAACGGGAGCUCAUUGCGCAGGCUUAUGACCAGGGUGUUAUUAAAGUCCUCGUAGCCACCUGCAGUCUCGCUGCUGGUGUCAAUCUUCCAGCGCGACGGGUCAUCAUAAAUGGUGCGAGAAUGGGCCGAGAUCUGGUAGGACCUGCAAUGCUUCGCCAAAUGUGUGGUCGCGCGGGCCGCAAAGGCAAAGAUGACGCCGGCGAGACGUAUCUGAUAUGUGGGAAAGCCGACAUGCAAGCCGUGUGUGAUUUGUUAGAUGCCGACAUGCCGGCCAUCGAAAGUUGUCUGGCACCUGAGAAGAGAGGUUUGAAGAGAGCACUGCUAGAAGCCAUAGCGACAGGAUUGGUAUCCGGCUGCGAAGCAAUCAAGGAAUAUGUCCAAUGUACCCUCCUCUACCGCUCCCUGGACAAGAAACUCGCAUACAGCAUCAUGAACUCGGCGCUGCAAGAACUCGUCGACGAAGAACUUCUAAUUCUUCAAGACGACGAAUCAUACCAAGCCACACCUCUAGGGCAAGCCGUCGUCGCCUCAGCCUUCUCGCCAGAAGACGGCCUCUUCGUACACGAAGAGCUCAAACGCGCACUCAAAGCCUUCGUCAUGGACGGGGACAUGCACAUCUUCUACAUGUUCACACCCCUCCAAGCAGCCCUGAACACACCAAUCGACUGGCAGAUCUUCCGCGACCAACUAGACAAACUAGACGAGAGUGGUCUACGCGCACUUUUAUUCGUGGGCGUCCAGCCCGGUUUCGUAAACAAAAUGGUCCUAUCCGGAGCCUCCCUCAAAGAAACAGACCCCAACCAAAUGAAACAAGCCCGAAUCUACCGCCGCGCAUACACAGCCUUCCAACUCCGGGACCUAAGCAACGAAGUCCCAAUCUCAACCAUAGCAACCCGCUACAACAUCCCCCGCGGCACAAUUCAAACCCUAGCCCAACAAUGCCACGGCUUCGCAGCAGGGAUCGUCAAAUUCUGCCAGCGCAUGAACUGGGGCAUGCUAGCUGCUGUGCUAGAUCAUAUGCGUGAUCGACUCGAGGCCGGUGCUCGUGCAGACCUCCUUGAGAUGGCGCAGGUGACGUUCGUGAAGAGCUGGACUGCGCGGUUAUUAAGGGACAAUGGGUUUAAGAAUCUGAGGGCUUUGGCAGAGGCUGAGCCUAAGGAUUUGAUUCCUAUUCUUAAGAUGGCGAAUCCGCGUAAGGCGCAUAAGAUUGACCUCUAUCCGUCUGAGUCGGAGAGGUAUACUGCUAAGCUGAAGGAGAAGGCUGAGAUUAUGAUUGCUCAUGCGAAUAAGAUUUGGGGUAUGUGA